AUGUGACUCUAAUGAGCUCCAGAGAUUCAAAGCGCCUGACAGUUUUGACAUCUGCUGGCACGGCGAUACAUGGAAGUACAAAACAAGAGAAGCAUGAGGCAACACUGUGCUCUAAAACAUGGAAUAUUCAAGGAAUUCCUGGCAGAAUUCCUGGGAACCUUUGUCUUGGUUCUGUUUGGCUGUGGCUCCGUUGCUCAGACCGUCCUCAGUCGAAACACCCUGGGCGAACCCCUCACCGUCCACAUCGGCUUCUCUGUAGGCCUGAUGAUGGCAGCGUAUGUGGCCGGUGGAGUUUCAGGGGGCCAUGUGAACCCCGCUGUGUCUUUGGCCAUGGUAAUUUUGGGCAAACUGAAGAUCUGGAAGUUUCCGUUCUACGUCAUCGCUCAGUUUCUUGGUGCUUUUGCAGGAGCUGCUGCAGUCUUUGGAUUAUACUAUGAUGCCUUCAUGGACUUCACCAGUGGGAUUCUGUCAGUGACGGGAAUCAAUGCAACGGGCCACAUUUUUGCCUCAUACCCCGCCAGACACCUGUCAGUCCUCGGCGGCUUCAUUGAUCAGGUGGUGGGAACAGGUAUGCUGGUUUUGUGCAUUCUUGCUAUCACUGACAGCGGAAACAUCGGAGCUCCUAAAGGCGUCGAGCCGCUGGCCAUCGGCCUGAUCAUCAUGGCCAUCGGCGUGUCCAUGGGGCUGAACUGUGGCUACCCCCUAAACCCAGCCAGAGACCUGGGACCCAGACUGUUCACAGCUGUGGCAGGAUGGGGGAUGGAGGUCUUUAGCACCGCAGACAACUGGUGGUGGAUCCCAGUGGCGGGACCGAUGGUGGGGGGAGUGGUCGCGGCCGUCAUCUACUACCUGUUCAUCGAGCUGCACCACCCCCACGCCGAGCACGAGAAGCCCCAGGAGGAAGAGGAGGAGGACGAGGAAGACGAAGAGGAUGAUGACAGCAGUCUGAAGGACAAAUAUGAGAUGAUCACGAUGAGUUAAGAAGACUUUCACCUUCAGGACUGAGCGCUUUUACUGUCAGUCAGAUGAACACCCAGCGCAGCUUCUAUCUGUAAGGACAGGCUCCAUGUGUCAGUGUCAUCUCAUUGGUAGCUGGAUAGGCUGUAGUUAUACUUCAAGCUUUUUCAGCCCAAUACAACACCAAAGACCUCCAUGGGUCUAAAUAAAAAUAAAAUAUAUUUGGAAACACAGAAUACCUUUUGCUCGAUAGCCUGCUCUGCAAUCUAAUGUUGCAUUUUUCAUAAACUCAUGGAAAUCUCAGUCCUGUGUAUUUGAGAUCAUUACAUAAAUACUAGCAGCAUAUAUGUGUUGUAAAUACCGUUUUGUAUAUAUAAAGGUUUCUCCUUUUUUGCAUAUACUAAAAAUAGAAUAAUAGUUCUGCAUGCAUGCAAGUGCCCUGUUACAUUUCUUUGUGUUUUUCUCAGUGGUUGUCGUGAUAUUUGCGUAUUAACUUCAAAUUUUUUGUGCUUGUUUUGACUUUUUGCAAAACUCUCUUACUCACUUUUGUUUGUCGACA